GUUGAAACCGGUGAGUGUGAAGCGCUGACAGGACGCUGGUGGAGAGCAGCUGUCGCAAAGAGCUCAGUGAAGUGUGUCUGUCUGCAUCAGCGAGCACAACGCUGGAUUGCCAUCACAGAGAGGGCUCUCCAGCAGAGGGCAGCGUAAGACCAAGCGCAGCUCCCAUCCCUUCAGGUCCUCGAACAGUCUGUGCUGUCAGGAUUACACCUGUGAAAAGCAUGAAAGGCUCUCCUGACCUGAUUCCCACCCCAGAUUUGGACCCGAGCAGAGUUUGCAAAGGGAAAGGCGUGGUGACCCUAAGGGCCACUCUCGUCCACAUCGAUGAUGAGGACUGCAUCAGCGAUGAGCCAAACGUCAUCUCAACACCAAGUGGCUGGACAAGCCAGAUUAAUGGAGACAGCUCUAAAGCAGGACUGGCUGAGGGUGGCAGCAAUGACACAGCCGAUUUACCUCCUGUAAACAACACUCUGUGCCAGAACAAUUCAUCUGAGAGCAUAAAAGAAUAUCGAGCUCCAUUCUCCACUGACGUUCAGAACUCAGUCACAUCGACUCCCGGCUCUGUUUAUCCCUGCACCAGCAUAGUUAACCCCACCAUAGUCCUGCUGCAACACAACAGAGAACAGCAAAAGCAGCUUUCUCAUUCUGAAGAUCCAACCCCAGAAAGGGACAAAAGCCCCGAAUCCAGAAGCGAAACUGUCAGUCCAGUCCCUGAAAUGGACGGGAAGAGGCAGCGGCUAUCACUGCACUCCCCUGUGCUGAGUCCUCUCAACAAGCCCAUUGUGCCUGUACGGAACACUGAAAAGUCCAAAGACUGGUAUAAGACAAUGUUCAAACAGAUUCACAAAAUACCUGAGCCUAUUGAGGAAAACCCUUACCGUCCCACCUACAUAUUCCCUGAGAGCUAUGAGAUUCAGGUGAAAUCGAAAGAUGAUGGUCCAACCCCCUUUGGUUACUUGGAAGAUGUGAGAGCAGUCCCACGCUCAAAAAGUGAGAAUGAGGUUGAUUCAAGAGGCCACUCGAUGCCCGUGCCAAUGCGGUCGUCUUCCCUCAAACCCUCUGCCAAAAGGAAUGAGUGGGAGCCCCCAGAUAUAAAGGUAGACACCAGGAAGUACCGCGCCGAGCCCAAGAGCAUCUUUGAGUACGAGCCGGGGAAAUCAUCGGUGCUGAAGCUGGAGAGAACGACUCAGGAUGUAAGUCCAGAAGAUGUAGAUUUAGAGAAUGAGCCUUGGUAUAAAUUCUUUUCAGAGAUGGAGUUUGACAAAGCGAGUGCCCCCUCUUUCAGCCCCUUGGAAACAGCCUCCGACCUGCAGCAGUACUCCUCAAGCAAGUCUGGACACAGCGAGGUGGAGAAGGACAGAGGAUCAUCUACUGAUGAGCCUGUGGCUCCAGAAUGUGACCGUCAUGUUUACAAGAGUGUCCUGGAGGGCGGCGAUAUUCCCUUACAAGGUCUACGGGCUCUAAACAAGCGCCAUGGCAGCUCCUCCUCCUCUAAAGACUCCUCCCCAGCUCACGGAGAAAGCCAGGAUGAAGUGUUGAGGAGGCGUCAUGGGGACAAAGAGAAAAUCUUGGAGGAGCAGCGGCGGCUGAAGCGGGAACAGGAAGAGGCUGACACAGCAUCGAGGCGACACACAAGCAUUGUCCCCACACACCACCAGUUCAUCACCAACGAGCGCUUUGGAGACCUGCUUAACAUCACAGAUAACACAGAGAAAAGGAAAUCGGGCAUGGAGAAAACACCCGCCAUGGCUCGCUUUGACUUCAGAGCAGAAACUCUAAAGGAGCUGCCAUUUCAGAAGGGAGACAUUGUGUACAUCAUUCGACAAGUUGAUCAGAACUGGUAUGAAGGUGAACAUCAUGGAAGAGUUGGUAUUUUCCCUCGAAGCUAUGUUGAGCUCCUCCCCCCGACAGAGAAAGCACAGCCAAAGAAAAGUGCCCCAGUGCAGGUGCUGGAAUAUGGAGAAGCUGUCGCCCGCUUUAACUUCACUGGGGACACAGUGGUGGAAAUGUCCUUCAGAAAGGGAGAGAGGAUUACACUGAUUCGCAGAGUUGACGAGAACUGGUAUGAGGGCAAAAUUUCAGGCACCAAUCGUCAAGGCAUUUUCCCCGUCACCUAUGUAGAAGUUCACAAACGACCACGGGUCAAAAACGGGGUGGAGUACCCGGAUCCACCUGUCAGCCAUUCACCUCAGCGCAGCACCAAUGCUUCACCACAGUUUGUAAAAAAUGAGGCCGACCAUCAUGGACGAAGCACCAGAAGCCCUGUGAUGCUGUUUGAUAUCCAAGAUAACAACAAUGUUAACUCGUUUGCGCAACCCCAGUCACACAGCAGCAGCCCGGAGCCGAGCCGUCUGAACUGUGGAAUAUUUCAGGCUUUGUACAGCUACGUGCCGCAAAACGACGACGAGCUGGAGCUGCAGGAGGGAGAUCUCGUCAGCGUCAUGGAGAAGUGCGAUGACGGCUGGUUCGUUGGUACAUCAAAGCGGACAAAACAGUUUGGGACUUUCCCGGGGAAUUACGUGAAGGAGGUGAAACUGUAAAGCUAUCUAAUCUGGCUGUAACACACGGUUGCCUGUCAAGCUUGGGAAGUCAUAACUACCGCGCAUGGCUGUUGGUUAGAAUAGUCAUUUAGCCGGGCGAAUAUUUUUAUCUGGGAAAGUGAUCAGAUCGGCUCGAGGUAUGUCAAACUGCACGAGGCGAAGACGGGGACAGCUCACUGCCCAAACACCUCCAUCACAUUUUACGCACGUCUCCACAGAAGUCAUCGGUCUCCAUACGUGGAAUUUCUCUGUGAAAGCCUCCUGCAAAUUAGCUUUUCGACGUACAAGUAAUAGCUUUCAUUGUGUGUGUGUAAUUUUACAGUAUGCAAGAGUUUGCGUAGCACCUCAGUCUAGAGGCCGGCAGCAGAGCAGUGUAUGGAUAAAAGGAGCGGAUCUUAUUACCUGAACUGGACCUGGGGAGGAGUCGGAAUGUAUUUUGAUCUUUCAGGGCCAGAGGUGUUUAACACAGCUGGCAAAGUAUGAUGUAAAUCAGGUAUCGUGAAUGAAAUUGAUUCGAUUUAGCUUCUUAAAGAAAACCUGUAAUAUGAUCAGUCUAUGACCCUGUUAACCAGACAGUUCCCUUAAAAAAACAGCUUAAAGUCAGUGCCCUUGGUACUUUAAAUACUUAAAGCCUUAUGUAAAAAGACCCUUUUUAAAAUAUUGAACUAUUUUCCUCCACAUUUUCUGAAUCAUCAGAAAAGUCAGUAUUUGCCUCGCAGCAUUCACAACUCAUUGUAGCCCAAAUGUGUUAAAUUGAAUACAGUAUUGCCUUCAUUCUCUAUCCAAAGGUUGCUAGAGAGAAGUUAUUAACAGCCGUGUGCAUGAGUAGAUACACUAAAAUGUUGAUGUGCGCUGCUGGCUUCUCUUUUUCUCAGUUUCCACUGCAAACACAUAUUACAGGACACGCAGAUUUUAUUGCAUGUGUCAUAAAAGUGAAACAAAAACUGUGUAUAUGCACAUCCUAUAUUUUGUAUAUUUUUAAAACUGUUUGCUGAUUAUUGAUGCCUUUAAGGUAGCCGGUGGUAGACGCCUAGCUUCAGAGCAACCACAGGACAGGCGUGGUAGCACUUAACUUCCUGUUUGGUCAUUUAGGAAGAUCCCUCCUAACAGUGUAAUAGCACUGAUGACUUAAAACUCUUUCAAGUUUUAAGUCAAAGCCAACAAGGUGUCUUAGUAUAUGAUCACAGUGAUUUUUUUUUUUUUUUUUUAGAGCGUAUUGAGAUUUUAACCGUGCCCUUACUGACAUGAUUGUAUAUGUAAAUGCGUACAGAAAACUGUACACGUACGGCUGCAUAUUUUCAUUCAUAAUGACUACAGUUGUAAGGUCAGCAUUAAUACAGCAUGCACUAUAAGAUCAUUGAGAGACUGACAAAUCACACUGGAGCAUGAAACACUAUCAGCCAGCCAACACCCUGAUAAUUGCACUUUUAACUUAAAGAAAACAGAAGUAAUGACGCGGUGAACGCCGCUCUUUUUGAGCCUUUAAUGGUCGAUAGCCGAUGGAAGAUUGCUUUGAUCUCCGCUACCAAAGCAUCAGAGCCGUCUUCCUGCAAAUACAGAGCGCCCACAUUUCCAGCGCCAUCAGAUCCGGUAACGUGUCAGAAUAAAUCCUACACACACAAACACACGAGCGCGCGCACAGAAAGAUGAUAGCUAUUGUUUUCGUUGCUAAUUCUCUCAUCAAAUUCCUCCCAUCAUCAGUGUCUGCGCCGUGUACAGCUUUCAAGUAGCGUGUCCAAGAAAAAAACCUUAGUGCUUGUUAUGACCUGCUCGGAGCAGCAGACGGGGGUAGUUCGUUGCGCAAUUGCUAAAGAAGUAUUUUAAUCUAAGUUUACUUUAUGUUGGGAAGAUUGAUGUAGUGAGCAGUGGAACUCAGAGAAGCGCUGCCAUCACCUUCUUAUCCAAAAACUCUAAUGAAAGGGCCUACCCUAUAGUGUAGCUGUUUAUGAACACAAAAUCUGAAAGAUAAGCUGAAGUAUAGAAACAUACGACAGAUAAGACGUAUUGGAUCUAGAAGCGUAUGUCGACAGUGUCUUUGUGUUUUACACCAUAAUGUGUUAGCUACAGUUGUGCAUGUGGCCACCACGUAGGUCAUAUCUGAAGUUUAUUAAUUGAUGAAGUACAUUCAUUUAAGCCAGGUCAGUACAAUCAGUGUUUCCUGUGAGAUUGGGUUUUUCUUCCUGCGCAGAUCACAACCGCUACUUUGCCAACAUCAGCAAAGGAAUGUUUUCCCAGCGAGACAUAACACGGAAUAUAUUACACUGCAGUGUGGGUUUGCCUUUUUAUCGCACUGUUUUUAAUGUUCAGGCAUUUCAUUUUUAUCACAAAAGCGUGUUUUGUUUUGUUUUAUUUUACCUCCGCCUCUGUAACUCCAGCUCUUCAUGAAAGUGUUGAUUAGUCGGGAGUCUGCUGAGCUGUCGCCUGUUGCGACGGAGAGAGGUUUGCUCCUUCUCAGACACACUGCACGAUGGGCAAAUAAUCACUCGUUUAGUGACAAAACAACUGGCAAUAGAUUGUUUCUGUGAUUUUUGUGUGUCCGUAAAACGUCACGGGAUGUAUGAAUGUAUGAAUAUAUGAAUGUGUUGCAGGCAGUGUAAACAUAAUAUGUAAAAAAACAAAAAAACGUGUGCAUUUCCACCGUUAAGAACGUUAUUGAACAGUUCGGCAAAUGAAGGAUUGUAAAUAUGUAAAAUAAAAAAUAGACUGCGAGCAAUAGGAGUGUCAGAUUGAGCUCUCUGUCACUUGCAGUGGUUUAUUUUGCCUGAAGGAGUUUUUGUUUUUGUUUUAUUGGCAAAGCACAGAGUGGAGCGUUACUGAGCACAGAAAGAUUAAACAUUACGCUGCCAUUUGUGAGGAUCAUGUUGCCUUAUGUUUGAGAAAUUGUGCCUCAUUUUCAUUUUUUUUUUUUUUUUUUUUGAGUAUCACUAAAAUGUAUCCAUGACGUAUUUUAUGUAACCCUGAUUUUCCCCAUUUGUUCGAGUCUCUGUGACGGGAGAACAUUUACUAAGAACUUGUCUGUUACUGUACAAGAACCUAAAAGUGUGACAUAACGCUUCGACAUGAUUAACACUCAUGGAAAAACGGACUAGUUUGAUGAGACGCACAGCCUGCAACAGGUUUGGUUUGUUUGCUUCAGUUUGCAGUGCUGUUACAUUGACAAUAAUAAAAUAAAGAUACUAUACACUGCUGUGUUCGGUAUUAUGCAAUAUUUAAUAAACCAUUUAAACCAUU